AGGCGGUGGCUGUCAAUCAUUUUCACGCAGUGGUGUGGGGCGGUGCUAAUGUGGAAGCAACUCACGCGAGUCUUUGAACGUGCGUUUUAAUCAGCAGGCUGCAGCUAAGAGGACUUGGAACGUCAGUCAGUAGCAGAUAGAGGGAUGCACGCCUCUCUCAGAAGAUUAUCCUCACGCUUAUUGGUUCAGAUUACCAACCACAAUGAUGCAAAGGAGAAGAAACACAAUGGAGAACUCUUUAUUCUAUUCAUCUCACAAACCACAUCACGGAUGGAUUCAAGUCUCAGAUAUGAGGGGUCCUGCAGGCCACUGGAUGUCAUGUGGUCACCCGUGUGCUGAACGUGCCGAGUGGAACCCUAAAUUCUGUGUGGUCACCGACUAUCAAAUGCUGCUGCUGGACAAAGAGGAGAUACACCCUCUGCUCCUACAGGAGAAGAGGACUGACACCUGCAAAUCCAGACUGCUGCGUCGCACCAUCAGUGUUCCUGUGGAGACGCAGUUCCCGGAAUUCCAGUGUCAUCUCUCAGUGGACAACAACUCUCCACCUGAGAAAACAGGGCGGAGACGUAGCAUGCCAGGCUCCACCCCUGACAAAGCCCCACCUACAAUGGAGCCCACUGCCACUACUACUACACCCUUCAGGGUCACAGGGUUUUUGAGUCGCAGGUUAAAGGGCUCAAUAAAGCGGACUAAGAGUCAGCCUAAACUGGACAGGAACAGCAGUUUCAGACACAUCCUACCAGGCUUCAGACUAGUGGACAACGACAGGUCUCAUCUGAUGCCCAGGCUGAAGGAGUCGCGCUCUCACGAGUCUUUGCUCAGUCCCAGCAGUGCAGUAGAAGCUCUGGACCUCAGCAUGGAGGAGGAGGUCCUUAUUAAACCAGUGCACAGCUCCAUCCUCGGGCAAGAUUACUGCUUUGAGGUGAGCACCUCCACAGGUAGUAAGUGCUUUUCCUGUCGUUCGGCCGCAGAGAGAGACAAAUGGAUGGAGAACCUGCGACGAGCCAUCCACCCUAAUAAGGACAACAGUCGGCGGGUGGAGAAUACGCUCCAGCUGUGGAUCAUCGAAGCUAAGGACCUUCCGGCCAAGAAAAAGUACUUCUGUGAGCUCUGCUUGGACGACGGCCUCUAUGCCCGCACAACCUGCAAGCUGAAGACAGAUAACGUCUUCUGGGGUGAACACUUUGAGUUCAGUAACCUCCCUACGGUCCAGAACAUCACCGUCCAUCUCUAUAGGGAUUCGGACAAGAAGAAGAAAAAGGACAAGAACAACUACGUGGGGCUGGUGAGCAUUCCAGUGGUGAAUGUCAUGAGCAGGCAGCUGGUCGAGAAAUGGUACCCAGUUAGCCAACCCAAUCCAGGGAAAGGGAAAACGGCUGGACCCAUGGUCCGCAUCAAGGCCCGGUACCAGAGCAUGAACAUCCUGCCCAUGGAGCUCUAUAAAGAGUUUGCCGAGUACACCACCAACAACUACAUGCUGCUCUGCUCUGUGCUGGAGCCGGUCAUCAGCGUCAAGAACAAAGAGGAGAUGGCCCGCGCUCUGGUGCACAUCUUACAGAGCACCGGCAAAGCAAAGGACUUCCUGACAGAUCUGAUGAUGUCGGAGGUGGAUCGAUGCGGGGAGAAUGAGCACCUGAUCUUCAGAGAGAACACGCUGGGCACUAAAGCAAUCGAGGAGUACCUCAAACUGGUCGGACAGAAGUAUCUGCAAGAUGCACUGGGUGAGUUUAUAAAGGCUCUGUAUGAGUCUGAUGAGAACUGUGAGGUGGACCCAUCCAAAUGUUCAUCUAGCGAUCUAGCUGAACAUCAGAGCAACCUCAGGAUGUGCUGUGAGCUGGCUUUCUGCAAGAUUAUUGAGUCUUACCGUGUGUUUCCACGGGAACUUAAGGAGGUGUUUGCGUCAUGGAGACAGGAAUGUGGUAAUCGAGGGCGACCAGAUAUCAGCGAGCGUCUUAUCAGCGCUUCGUUGUUUUUACGUUUUCUGUGUCCGGCAAUCAUGUCGCCUUCUCUCUUCAACUUGACGCAGGAGUACCCAGACGACCGCACUGCACGCACACUCACUCUUAUCGCCAAGGUUACACAGAACCUCGCAAACUUCACCAAGUUUGGUAAUAAGGAGGAGUACAUGUCCUUCAUGAAUCAGUUCUUGGAGCAGGAGUGGACCAACAUGCAGCGGUUCCUACUGGAGAUCUCUAACCCAGAGACCAUCUCAAAUACUGCAGGCUUCGAGGGCUAUAUUGACCUGGGCCGUGAGCUCUCCACCUUGCACUCCCUUCUAGCUGAGGUGGUGUCCCAAAUGGACCAGAGUGGUACCUCCAAGCUUGGCCCAUUACCUAGAAUACUGAGGGACGUACAUGGAGCGUUAACAAACCCAUCAAACAUACAGAUGAGUGUCCCUCCUGAUCGUGUGCCGUCCCCUCCAGCCCCUGGAUGCAGCAUCUCCAGUGGAUUACAAAAGAUGGCCAUCGACAGUGACCUACCAGGGUGGUACUGUUUGAUAGACAAUGAUGACGUAAGUGUGAUGUCAUCAUCACCCGACUGGCCUGGAAAUGGUGCACGGCUUCGACAGCAGAGCUCCUCCUCUAAGGGGGACAGUCCAGAAACGAAGCAUCGCCCACCACAUAAACAGGCCCCAUCCCCAGUGAACCCCAGUGCAUUGGACCGCACCGCUGCCUGGUUGAUGAAUGUGCCGUAUAUAGAGCAGGAGUCUGAGACGGAGCUUUGCAGAGAUGAGCACACACAAGCUGAAAAGUAUCAGGCGGAGAUCAGUAUGCUGCAGGAGCGACUGCGUGUGUCGGUGCAGAGGCUGGAGGAAUAUGAGGCCCGGAUCAAGGGACAGGAGGAACAGGCACAGAAGAUGUUGCUGGAGUAUCAGGCCCGACUGGACGAGUCCGAGGAGAGAUUGAGACGGCAACAGGAUGACAAAGAUCUGCAGAUGAAGGGCAUCAUAAGCAGGUUGAUGUCUGUGGAGGAAGAGCUGAAGAAGGAUCAUGCUGAUAUGCAGGCAGCGAUUGACUCCAAACAGAAGAUCAUUGAUGCGCAGGAGAAACGGAUAGCAUCUCUGGACGCGGCUAACGCGAGGCUAAUGAGCGCCCUGUCACAGCUGAAGGAGCGCUACAGCAUGCAGACGCGGAACGGCAUCUCUCCCACCAACCCCACCAAGCUGCAGAUCACAGAGAACGGGGAGUUCCGCAACAGCUCCAACUGCUGAACGAAGCCCCCCGGAUCCACAGAGAGACGGAAUGAAGACAGAGGACACGAGCAAGUGUGCAGAUAUUCUGUAAGUGAACCCUGAGAGAAAUACUGCAGGUGAGGAUACUGAACAUUGACCUUUGACGGUCUGCAAAGCGAAUGUUUGGAAUCGUGGAGCAAGAUCCACUUUAAACAUCCACUGGUGAGACUACUGUUCAAGUACUUCAUGUUAGGACACACCACUAGACGUUCAUUCGUGUUUCACAACAACUAACUGUAAAAUAAAAGAAAAAAACAAUACAGCUAACAUGGUGACAUUAUCCAGAUACUAGGACCUUCUAGCCUGCAAAAAAAGUCAUUUCACUUGCUUUAAAAUAGGUGUUCUCCAUACAGCCUUUGAAAAAAAAGAAACUAGAUUUUUUUCACAUUCAUUUAUAAUGGUCUCUACUUUAAUAUGAAACGACUGAAACUACAGAACGAGCAACUCUUUGUGGAGAAAUUGGCGCUCUCCUCCAUAUCUCUCUUCCUGUUUGUUUCUCUCUACGUAGUGCACUUUGUCUCUCCAUCAUGAGAAGCCUUAAAAUGUUACAUCUGAAAUACCCCCCAGUCCUUACUUUUAUUUGAUUUUUACAGUUCAGAUGAAUAUCUAUGAUAGAUUAUAAUGUGCAUAGAUUUUAAAAAGUAAAUAUUUUACAUUCUCCUUCCACUAUUUUCUUUUUUUCAGAUAUGCCAAGAUUUUGAAUUAGCACAGACUGCUCAGGCAGAGCAGAGUGAAUGUUUUAGACACUAAACCAGACUGAAAUGAUUUUAGUUUGAAGUUUUGAAAACUGCCUUGUGUAGCUCAUGUUUUCUUCCUAAAUUGUUUAGGAGAGUUGUGCAUGUUUUUCUUCUCCAUUCUAAUGUUUUAAGCCUUUUUAAGUCAUUUGUACAGGUGUGUUUAUUUUUGUAUGUGUUGCCUCAUCGGUCCAAAUUGCUGCACACUUUGCAUUUCAGCGUUUAGAGUUUGUAUAUUUUCAUAUUUAAUAACAUAUGUGAGGACUCUUCUGCGUUUAUCGUGGUGCAGCGUGGAGCUGCUGUUUUCCUUU